GCUCAUGUUGUGGUUGACAGACAAUGAGCGCUUUUCGUGGUGACAAUAUAGACGGGCAGGAGGGUUAACUCAACACAUGGUGGAAUUUUAAGCUCCAACAGAGACAGACAGACAGCUUCGGUUUCAGCUGGGUUCUGAUCAGCAUCAAACUGGUGUUCAUCAAAAAACACAGGUACAGCUUUUAAGAAUCAUAAUAGAGCAUUUCAUGUGAUUGUAUGAGCUCAAUGUGUCUUUUCGGUGCGUUCUUAUUGUUUUGGGCUUCAGGUUUGAAAGGAUGUUCUCACAGCAAACUCCUAAAACGUUAGUAUCGUACCUCCUCUUGUUAUUAAUGACAUACAAGAUAGUUUGUUUGAUUUAUGAUUACGUAUACAUCAUGAAUAUAGUCCCUGUUUAUUCUUUUUGACUGUGUUCUUUUAAAUGCUAUAAUAUUACCUUUUAGAAUGUGGUGACAUUCUGUUAUAGCCAUGGAAGAAGAAAAAAUUAAUGAUACCAGCAGUUCAGGCCAUCAAUUGGGACCACCUGUCUUCAUCCUCACAGGGGCCCUCUCCAUCACGGUCCUGGUGUUCACAGUGCUGGGGAUCGUGUGUCUCAGAAAAUAUCGUUCUUUGGUCCGGACCAUUCGAGAGCUGCGGGGCAGCAGGUUGUUGAUGACUGCAGUUCCUCGGCUGGAAACUCUGAUCGCGCCAGCAGUGGUGGAGGAAGAAGAUCAGCUUACUCAGAUCCCCCAGAUCCCCCAGCAGCAGAGCAGGACAAUCAGGCUCUCCUCUCGGAGGCUAUGGAGAAGCUUGCAGCAGGGUCCUCGUGUUACCAAGUCAGACCUGAACCUGUUGCAGCUGAUCAAAGCAGGAAAGGAGGGUGUCUUCUACCAAGCCAGGAUGACCAGGGGGACGUGUAAAGGCCACAGCAUGUUCACCUGCAAGAUCAGCAAGGAAGGUGUCCGUCCUAAGCAUGUGGACACGGAGGUUUCCAUCAUGAGAAAACUGGUGCACCACAAGAACAUCCUCCAGUUACUGGACUGGAACACCACUGAGGAACCUUACAUUCUGAUCAUGGAGUAUGUGACAUAUGGCACUCUGAGGACCUUCCUGCAGACCAACAGAGCUCAUUUAAGUGAAGACCCUGAGCUGCAGAGCCUCCUCACCAUCGCCUCCUACCACAUCGCUCUGGCCCUGCAGCACCUGCGCUCCAAAAUGAUUGUGCACUGUGACCUGGCUCUGAGGAACAUCAUGGUCAAUAAGUUUCCCUGGGAGGUAAAGGUGGCGGAGUUCGGACUGGCUCGAGAUUUAACGCGCAUGACAAGCCGCCGCAGCAGCAGCAGCCGCUGGAGAAACCCAAGGCGUGUGCCGCUGCGAUGGUACCCACCGGAGUACUUCAAGAACAACUAUUACAGCUUCAAAGGAGACGUGUGGGCCUUCGGCAUCGUGCUGUGGGAGAUGCAGACAUUUGGUACACUGCCAUACCCAAACCUCGAGACAUCAGAAGCGGUCAUGUAUCACAUCUGUAUUGGUCAUAAGAACACAAACCCUGAAGGCUGCAGACCAGAGAUACUUCAUAUCAUGAAAGACUGUUGGCUGGAGCCCUACACUCUGAGACCCUCGUUCACAGACAUCGUCCGCAUGCUGGAGAACAUCAUGGAAAGCGAUGCGGAUUAUGUGGAUGUUGAAAGUCCACUUUUGCUGAAAGAGGAGGCUGAAUAUCAUGAAGCUUGAUGUCUACGGGCAGCCAGCGUCACCUUGGAAGAUGCAAAUACCGUCUAAGUAUCAGAAAGAUGUUUUCUGAACAAUUUAAUGUAUUUAAAACAAAUCUAAAUGGGUUUGUUUGCUUUGUUAAGGCUGCAUUGAUCUACUAAGCCUUUCAAGCGCUUUCUAAAAUAUAGCAACUGUAAAAUGAUCACACAUCAACAAAUCAACAGAGAGCAUGGUCAAAAUGAUGUACUUAUAUAUUCUUGUUAAGAACUGUAAAUUAUAUUUUAUGUUGUAUUUUCCCCUUAUAAAUGUGUUUAUAUUUAAUUUUGUAUCCAUCCUGUUGAUAACUCAUCUAUAGCCUAAUGUUGAUUUUCUGUGAUGCUCUUUUUUGCCUUGAGCUCUGUUCAUGUUUACUUUCAGAAAUACACUUUCUUAUUUAUUAAUAA